CGGCGGGCGUCAUACGGCCUCUUCGGUCGCUGCUCGGGCGGUGGCUUCGGGCAGCCUCGGCCCAACUCGGGCAGCCUCUUCGGGCCCCGCUUCGGGCUCGGCGCUUGGCGCUUCGGGCGGUCCCGGACGGCGCCUUCGGGCGGACUCGGCGGAGUCCGUAUGGAGGACUCGGACUCGGCGGCAAAACAGCUGGGCCUGGCCGAGGCGGCAGCGGUGGCGGCCGCGGCCGCUGUAGCGGCGGCGGCCGCGGCCGCAGCGGAAAGCGAGGCGGAGGAGCCGGUGUUAAGCAGAGACGAGGACUCGGAGGAGGACGCGGACUCCGAGGCGGAGCGCGAGACGCGGCGGGUCACGGCUGUGGCGGUGAUGGCGGCCGAAUCUGGGCACAUGGAUAUGGGUACCGAGGCUCUGCCCAGCCCCGAUGAGGCUGCCGCCGCCGCCGCCUUCGCAGAAGUGACUACAGUGACCGUGGCAAAUGUGGGGUCCUCAGCAGAUAAUGUCUUCACAACGUCAGUGGCGAACGCGGCAUCCAUAUCAGGGCAUGUCCUGUCUGGUAGGACAGCCCUGCAGAUCGGGGACAGCCUGAACACUGAGAAAGCCACACUAAUAGUUGUACACACAGAUGGGAGCAUUGUGGAGACCACGGGGCUGAAGGGCCCAGCAGCACCUCUUACCCCAGGUCCUCAGUCUCCUCCUACCCCACUGGCACCUGGCCAGGAGAAAGGUGGCACCAAGUACAACUGGGACCCUUCGGUGUAUGACAGUGAGCUGCCCGUGCGCUGUCGUAACAUCAGCGGCACCCUGUACAAGAGCAGGCUUGGCUCAGGUGGGCGGGGCCGAUGUAUCAAGCAGGGGGAAAACUGGUACAGCCCAACUGAGUUUGAAGCCAUGGCAGGAAGGGCGAGCAGCAAGGACUGGAAGAGAAGCAUCCGCUAUGCAGGCAGACCCCUGCAGUGCCUCAUCCAGGAUGGUAUUCUGAACCCCCACGCUGCCUCCUGUACCUGUGCUGCCUGUUGUGAUGACAUGACUCUAAGUGGCCCAGUCAGGCUCUUCGUCCCUUACAAAAGACGCAAGAAAGAGAAUGAGCUGCCCACAACUCCAGUUAAGAAGGAUUCCCCCAAGAACAUCACGCUGCUCCCCGCCACGGCAGCCACCACCUUCACUGUGACACCCUCAGGACAGAUCACUACCUCUGGAGCACUAACCUUUGACCGAGCGUCCACUGUAGAGGCCACUGCUGUCAUCUCUGAGAGCCCAGCCCAAGGUGAUGUCUUUGCAGGAGCCACAGUGCAAGAGGCAGGUGUGCAGCCCCCCUGCAGGGUUGGCCACCCUGAACCCCACUACCCUGGCUAUCAGGACAGCUGCCAGAUUGCGCCGUUUCCAGAAGCUGCAUUGCCAACAUCACAUCCCAAAAUUGAAGCCGGUGGUGAUGUGGGAUUCCCCUCUGCAUGCUGUGGGCCUAAGUCACAGUGGCCUGAAAUUGUUGAUUGCUGGCUUUGUGGUGACUGUGUGCCUUAUCCAGUUCACGUCCUGACGUCCCUGCCUGCCUUGGCUGUGCCACCCUCCACCCCCACCAAAGCUGUCUCUCCCACCGUGGUCAGCGGGCUGGAGAUGUCAGAACAGCGGAGCUGGCUGUACCUGGAAGAGAUGGUCAACUCCUUGCUCAGCACAGCCCAGCAGCUGAAGACACUGUUUGAACAAGCCAAGCAGGCGAGCUCAUGCAGGGAGGCUGCUGUGACGCAGGCAAGAAUGCAGGUUGAUGCAGAGCGAAAAGAGUCCUGUGUCAACUGUGGCCGGGAGGCCAUGAGUGAGUGUACCGGCUGCCACAAGGUGAACUACUGCUCCACAUUCUGCCAGCGCAAGGACUGGAAAGACCAUCAGCACGUCUGUGGCCAGUCAACAUCUGUCACUGUCCAGGCUGAUGAAGUCCAUGUUGAAGAAAGUGUAAUAGAAAAAGUUGCUGUUUGAGCCAGGCCGCUCCCUGCUCUGCUCUGAGGCCAUCACAGGCCAAGGCCCUCUCAUGACUAUGGGGGCUGCUGAGAAGUGGGGCCAUGGGAAACUUGCCGGACAAGUUAUUAACAAACAGACUGUGCCCUUGGAAUGAACUCCUGCCAGAGACCAAGGAAUGCUGGUGACUUUCAGAAUGGGGCACUCCGCCACAGCCCAGGGCCCUUGACCUAUCACGGUGCUCUUUCAUCCCUGGAUCAUGAGUGUCCCGUUCCCCUUGGGGGUGCCCUAUGCCACUUGUACAUAUCUGUCAUAUCUGUUAAUAAGGUUGUAAAUAAAGCUCCCAUCCCCCACCUGGAUGGCGCUGUUACAAA